AUGGGGCGGAACCAUGGUACCAAUGGGGCCCUAUGGGGCAGACCCAUCCCCACGUCCCAACGCGGUCCUACCCCCCCCCCCAUCCUGUCCCUGCCCCAUAGGGAGCCGCCGGAGGCCGCAGUGGGGCUGAGCCCCGAGGAGCAGCAGCGCUGGGCCCGGCGCCUCGCCCGGCACCUGAGCGCGGCCGAACGGACCCUGGCGCGGCUCUUCCUGGUGCACAGCGUCCCCGAGUCCCUCAAGUUCGCCUUCUUGUUCUACCUGCUGACCUAUGUGGGGGCCGUCUGCAACGGGCUGACGCUGCUGGGAGCCGGCGUCAUCUGCGCCUUCACCUUCCCCGUGCUCUACCGGCACCACCAGGCCCAGAUUGACCAGUACGUGACCCUGGUGCGGAGCCACCUGAGCAACCUCCGGGCCAGGAUCCAGGCCAAGCUCCCCAGUGCCAAAGCGAAGCCGAAGUGAACCCCAACUUGUGCCCCCCCCCCAAG